AUAGCUUAUAGAGCAAAAGCAAGCGCUUAGAUUCUAACCUUCCCAAAAUUCCUCGUAACCAAAAACCUCGAGCAGUCAUCGUUUAUGGCAGCGAUGGCUCGACGCAGCAUAUCGUCCCUCCUUUCCCGAGCCCUAAACCCAUCGUCUCCUUCCAUUCUACCAUCUCGCCUCCCGGCCGCCGCCUCCGCCGUUGAGAGGCUUCGGCGGGUGGCUUCCCCGCUGACUUCAUCGCCUAUCCGCUGGAAGACGACUUCAGGCUCUGGCUAUUCUCCAAUCAAGGAUUCCUCGCCCAAUUGGAGUAAUCGACCCCCUAAGGAGACGAUUCUUCUAGACGGCUGCGACUACGAGCACUGGCUUAUUGUAAUGGAGUUUCCGGAAAACCCUAAACCCUCGGAGGAGGAGAUGGUUGCCGCCUAUGUUAAGACCCUUACUGCGGUCGUUGGAAGCGAGGAGGAGGCCAAGAAGAAGAUUUACUCUGUUUGUACCACGACCUACACGGGCUUUGGUGCAUUGAUCUCGGAGGAAAUCUCUUAUAAAGUUAAAGGACUUCCGGGAGUUCUGUGGGUGCUGCCCGAUUCUUAUCUUGAUGUGCCAAACAAGGAUUAUGGAGGAGAUCUUUUCGUUGAUGGUAAAGUCAUUCAUAGGCCACAAUUUCGAUUUACUGAUAGACAACAAUCUCCCAGGAUCAGGCCACGACCUCGAUAUGAUAGGCGCCAAGAGACGGUGCAGGUGGAAAGAAGGGAACCCAUGCAGAGGGGAACGUCUCCACCGGUGGGUCAGGAUGGUUUACAAAAAGUUUUCAAUAAUCCACGACAGGACUUCCAGAGUUCACAAGAAACUGUUUCAUGGCCUAACAAUUCCCAGUAAAACCGUUACUUUGAAAAAGUCUAAAUAUAGUGUGGUUAGGACUUCUUAAUUUACCAUUUGAAUGGUUGCUGAUAAUGCAAGUGUAUGCUGUAAUGCAAGGAAUUGUUAGACUAAUUCUAUUUCCUUGAUAGAUAAAGUGGGAAAUGCUUGUUUAUAGCUUCAAGUCUUCUUUUAUGCAUGGCAUGAUUUUUGUUAGAACUUUUUAGGUUUUUAUACAAUUAAAAGCAUGGGUAAAUUAUAGAAUUUUGCAUGAUGUAAUAUGAAAUAUUUCACGGCAUUAUGAAAAUAUGGAUGAGUUUUCUCAA